AUUUUAGAAUUUGGUGGUACGACACCGUCCCAGCGAGAAUAGCCAGAAAUGUAUACGGUAGCGGAUAGCCAAAAGGAAUGUAUUUGGGACAACAAAUAAUGCCCUUGGAUGAAAAUAAAAACGCUGAUAUACUCAGAGAUCCUCCUUUGAGAUACCUUGGCUAUGCAAAUGAAGUAGGUGAGGCUUUCAGGUCACAAGUACAUGUGAAUGUUGUACGACUUAGUUAUGGUAUUGCUUCAAGUUAUGUUGUGACAGAUGCCAUCCACAAAGGAUUUAAAGCCUCAGAGGUACCAUGGCAGACAGAGGAAAAGAGAAAAAACAAAGUGAAAUGGGCUGUGUUUGAUACACUGGUCUGGCAAGGACUUGCUUCUGUUAUUAUACCUGGUUUCACAAUUAAUAGAACAUGUUUUCUAUGCAACAUUUUCCUGAAGAAACAAACAAGUAUACCACCACAGACAAGAAAAUGGAUAACAACAUUUAUUGGUUUAGCAUGCAUUCCAUUCAUAAUUAAGCCAAUUGAUUUAUCUGUAGAUGUCUUCAUGGAACAGACUUUUAGAAAAUAUUAUCACUAUGAAGGAAACAUAAUGAAAACUAUAAUUCGUCACACAAGGGAAGAUUCGUGACCAUGUCCAUCAUGUAUAUUCAGUAACACCGUAAUGUGACAGUAACAGUAAUUUACAAAAAAUGCCAGAAUGCAGCAGAUGGUUGUGAAAGUUGCCCCUGAAGUUACACACAAAAUAUCUUGUGAAAUAAAAUUUUGAAAUAAAUGAAUUGAUGCAUACGACUACAGAAACAUUGUUUUUCCUUCAUUUGCAUACUCUGCGUUACUCAUAAAAAGUGUAAAACACAUUCUAUCUGUUCCCUUCUUGUACAGGAAUCUGUCACAUGUCCCUAAGCUCAUGCCUUUAUCCUUUUUACUGUAUGCCCUUUUCUCGUUAUUUCGAGCCCGUAACCGGUAUUUCAGUUCUUGCCGGUAACAGUUAUAAGUUUCAAAAGAGUUUUUGCUAUUGUUUGAUACUCCAACAUCUAAUCUUAAAAGAUCCCCAUGAAGAAAAAUUGUAAGGAUUGUUGUCAAUGAAUAAUCCAGGCUUCAACAUGAUGAUUCUCACCCUCUUAAACAGCCAGAUGCUUUCUGGAACCGAGACUUGUGAUCAUUUGUACGAGCUCUCAAAAACUAAGACUGUUUUUGAAAAAGUUUUUUUUUAAUAUUAAGAACCGAUAUAUAAUUGUGUUUGCAGACAAAAAAGUUUUACAAUAAGUGGUUUCUGUUUUCUGUAAGAAGGUUAUAUAUUACCCCAGUGAACUUAGAUAAGCAAAUUUUGGGAAAAAUUUUCUGUUGUGUAUAUUUCUAUUUUAAUGUGAGUAAUACUAUUUUCUUUUUAUUUUUUACCUGUCACAAAGUGACAAGGUGAACUUUUGUGAUUGCGCAGCGUCCGUCGUCUGCGUGCGUGCGUGCUUCAGUCCGUAAACUUUUACUUGUGACCACUCUAGAGGUCACAUUUUUCAUGGGAUCUUUAUGAAAGUUGGUCAGAAUAUUCACCUUGAUGAUAUCUAGGUCAAGUUCGAAACUGGGUUACGUGCGGAUAAAAACUAGGUCAGUAGGUCUAAAAAUAGAAAAACCUUGUGACCUCUCUAGAGGCCAUAUAUUUCGUAAGAUCUUCAUGAAAAUUUGUCAGAGUGUUCACCUUGAUGAUAUCUAGGUCAAGCUCGAAACUGGGUCACGUGCCUUCAAAAACUAGGUCAGUAGGUCAAAUCAAAGGAAAACCUUGUGACCUCUCUAAAGGCCAUAUUUUUCAUGGGAUCUGUAUGAAAGUUGGUCUGAAUGUUCAUCUUGAUGAUAUCUAGGUCAAGUUCGAAACUGGGUCACGUGCGGUCAAAAACUAGGUCAGUAGGUCUAAAAAUAGAAAAACCUUGUGACCUCUCUACAGGCCAUACAUUUCAUGAGAUCUUCAUGAAAAUUGGUCAGAAUGUUCAUCUUGAUGAUAUCUAGGUCAAGUUUGAAAGUGGGUCACGUGCCAUCAAAAACUAGGUCAGUAGGUCUAUAAAUAGAAAAACCUUAUGACCUCUCUACAGGCCAUAUUUUUCAUGGGAUCUGUAUGAAAGUUGGUCUGAAUGUUCAUAUUGAUGAUAUCUAAUUCAAGUUCGAAACAGGGUCAUGUGCGGUCAAAAACUAGGUCAGUAGGUCUAAAAAUAGAAAAACCUUGUGACCUCUCUAGAGGCCAUACUUGUGAAUGGAUCUCCAUAAAAAUUGGUCAGAAUGUUCAUCUUGAUGAUAUCUAGGUCAAAUUUGAAAGAGGGUCACGUGCCUUGAAAAAGUAGGUCAGUAGGUCAAAUAAUGAAAAAACUUUGUGACCUCUCUAGAGGCCAUAUUUUUCAUGGGAUCUGUAUGAAAGUUGGUCUGAAUGUUUAUCUUGAUGAUAUAUAGGUCAAUUCUGAAACUGGGUCAACUGCGAUGAAAAACUAGGUCAGUAGGUUUUGAAAUAGAAAAACCUUGUGACCUCUCUAGAGGCGGUACCCUUGAAUGGAUCUUCAUGAAAAUUGGUCAGAAUUUUUAUCUUGAUGAUAUCUAGGUCAAUUCGAAACUGGGUCACGUGCCUUAAAAAACUAGGUCAGUAGGUCAAAUAAUAAAAAGACCUUGUGACCUCUCUAGAGGCCAUACUUUUCAUGGGAUCUGUAUGAAAGUUGGUCUGAAUGUUCAUCUUGAUGAUAUCUAGGUCAAGUUUGAAACUGGGUCAACUGCAUUCAAAAACUAGGUCAGUAGGUCUAAAAUUAUUAAAAUCUUUUGACCUCUCUAGAGGCCAUAUUUUUCAUGAGAUCUUCAUGAAAAUUAGUGAGAAUGUUCACCUUGAUGAUAUCUAGGUAAAUUUCAAAACAGGGUCACGUACCUUCAAAAACUAGGUCAAUAGGUCAAAUAAUAGAAAAACCUUGUGACCUCUCUAGAGACCAUAUUUUUCAAUGGAUCUUCAUUAAAAUUGGUCAGAAUUUUUAUCUUAAUAAUAUCUAGGUCAAGUUCGAAACUGGGUCACAUGAGCUCAAAAACUAGGUCACUAUGUCAAAUAAUAGAAAAAACGACGUCAUACUCAAAACUGGGUCAUGUGGGAAGAGGUGAGCGAUUCAGGACCAUCAUGGUCCUCUUGUUGUUUAACUGUCGUUUGCUUUGCCACAACAUACAAAAAAUUUAGAAACAGGAAAUAGCUGCAAGUGCAAAUUUUCCAAAGGCUCGGAUCAAUGAGAAGGCUCGGAAUUACGAGAAAGAGGCAUAUACAUGUAUUUAGCACAUAUAGUGUAUAGUAUAUGAACAGGGUACAAAACAGUUUGUCAGUCAUGAUUCUAAUACCAAAGAAUUUGCUAGCUUGUAUACUGAAUGAUUCCAAAAACAUCAUGUCUCUGCAGCCGUAUGCAUUAUUUUCAUUUGUUUCUUCACUGUCUACUUCAAAAGAUAAUAGACAGUUUACUCAUUGUGCAUAAUUUACGUGCAGUUUUUGUUUGCUGCAAAUGUUAUAUUUAACACAAAUGUUGUUGUUGCACUUUGACAUUACUGGAUAUACAAGGUGAUGUGUGCAUUCAUGACCAGGACUAAUAAAAUUAGAGAAUGCA